AUGAAAACUAUCUUAAUUUUUGUACUCUUAGUUCUUACAUACAGUGCUGAUCCAGAAUAAUGUUUGAAAGAGAGAUGUCCAAAUGAAUAUGCAGCUUGUUAAAAGGAAGUUUUUGGAUGUGCAUCAGCGGCAAUGAAAUGUAAAAAUCAAUGCGGUGGAGAUGAUGCAGAAUGCAUGUUAAAUUGUGCUUUAGCUUCAAAGAAUGCCAAAUUGAUUGCAUUGUAAAUUUCUUUAUUUAUUUAAGAGCUUAAUGUGGACAUGAAUAUUGUUAAGAUGUUGCUGUUUCAUUCUGUGAUGUUGAAAGUUGUGUUAGUUCUUUUAAGAAUGAAUGCACAUAAAAUUUAGGAUUAAAAUCAUUUUAAUGUGCUUCAACUUUUCUUGAAAGACAUCCAGAAUGUUAAUGUGUAACUGAGUUCUGA